AUGCAGAGCAGAGCCGGGCGGGGGGUGAUGAUGGGAAUCCGAGGCGGAGGUUGAGGCUGCAGAGGAGCCGCUGAGCACGGACACGGACUCGGACUCGGAGAUGUGCUGUGAAUGUGACACUGAGGGGAACAGUGGGUGGCUCAAAUAGCUAAAGACAGCUAGCCUGUUAGCUAGCUGCAGCCAAUGGAGCCUCUUCAGUCUGAGGUGAAGCCGCGCAGAGACGUCCAGGGCCGGCUGUGAGAGGUGAGUGGGAGCCGUGCCUGGAGCUCCAUCUCCGGGCAGAAUCUUGAAUGAUCCCCUCUCACUGUGGGUUAGCCUGUUAGCUAUCAGCCCGUCAGCUGUUAGCUUAGCACCCUGUGUCCAUGUCUGUGACAGACUGAGAUCCCAGAGGAGCUGGCAGACCACAGACUGAGCUCAUGUUAGACUCUCAUCACCUUUAUUCUAACCUGAACCUCACAGACUGGCAGGAUCCGCUCUAACGGUUCACCCAGUCCUCGGGGUCUGAGUGUGUUAAACCGGCUGGUAAUGGUGUUGAGGUGUGGGUCCAUGUGUCAGAGAGGGUCAGGUAUCUGAAAUAGUUCACAACAAAGAGUGAUUCUGAAACCAGAUUAGAGCAUAAUACAAGUUUUAGUCCUGAUCCGGAUCAUACUGUGCUGAUGAAAACUUUAAUUUGGACUCAGAAACUUGAUCCUGGAUUAUUCUGAUCCCAGUAUACAGAUUCAUGAAGUGAAAUUUUGUGUAAUACAAAACACAAAAUACAGUGGAGUCAUGGUGGACCUGCUUUCAGACUGUUACAGUCUGGUCUUUGAGUUUGUACUCAGUCUGAUCAAACUGUGACCUCCUGACUCUGUGGCCAUCUCACACACUGACAUGAUCACACUGAAGAAACUAGAAACUCUAUUUCUGCAAAAUAAUAACCUGUAGGGGAGAGUGGAGUAAGUUGAGCCACCCCUUGUUGCUUGGAAACGGUAAAAGAAAUUGAUCAUGUGACCAAAUAUUUAGGAGAUGUGCAUCAAUUCAUGGCGUCUGUGAAGGUUAGAAGCACAUGGGUGAAGGGGUUAGACAUUUAUUUACAAAAAACAACAUUGUUCACUCUUGAAAGUGAAUUUAGUCUGUCAUAAGUUUGAUUAGAAUUGUGUUCAGACCAAAAACCCCCAUACAUGGGGUAAGUUGACCAUAGGAGACCUUUUUUUUUGCAUGCUAUAUUAUCAAGACAGUUAUGUUUACACUCAUUCUGUUGGUUUGCAGGGUUGCACAACAUCUUGACAUAUAUGCAGAUACACCAAGAUUGCCUUUAUGUAGUGAUCAGAAAUAUAAAAAAUGGCUCAUCUUACCCCAUUCUCCCUUUUCCUCAAAUUAGCGACUCCUCCAACAAGAUAAUGACUCUUCCAACGGGAUAAUGACUCAAGAUAUUUAUGUUUUACCAAAUGAUUAUGGCUUUUGUGCUUUCCAUAACAACUAGUGCAACUACUUUGCAUAUGAAAAGCAGCCGUGCAUGUAAGACAUCAUGUUCCCGCAAGACUGUAACUCAGUCUCACAGGAUAAUUUCUAGUGCGCCCAAGAUAACGACCUGUGUGACAAAGAUAUUAACUUUAUUCCAUGAGAUGACAUAGAAACUCAUAGGAUAACUAGGCUAUGAAAUCAUCACUGUUUUCUGCAGGAUAAUAAUUUUUGUGUGCAAGAUUCUCAGUUCUUUCCACUUGUGCAAAAUAGUAACUCGGAAAAUGUGAGAUUUCCUACAAGAUAACAAAGUGGCCAUCAUAAAUCGUCUUUAUAAAAUGCUUUUAACCCUUUAGCUUCCUCCUGCUCUGCUGGUAUUCACGUGCGCUAAAGUUAUCUGGAAGAACAUAAACUCUCAUGUGACCUGUUAGAAGGACGCUACAGUUUAUGUUGCUUGUGAUGUUUGAUCCUAUGUGCUCCUCCAUGUCUGACAGGAGGAGAAGGAGGAGGGAGAGUUUCAGCUUGGACUCCCCCUCUUCCCCCUCCUCCUCCUCCUCCUCCCCCGUGUCUCUGUCAGAUCCUCCUCUUUGCUCAGCUCUUUAACUUUACUCAGACAGAACAGAGAGGACAGAUCUCUGCAGCUCCCAGCUCAGGUAACGUGUCUCUACUCUCUUAUCCAGAGCUUCCCUUCCUCCUCCUUCCUGACUUCUUAUAAAAACACGAUUUCUGAUUUUAUUGAUCUGAAUCACAAAGUUUUAGACUCUUUAAGAUGAUGCAGUUUAUGCUGCUGAUGAUCUUUGUUGCAUGAUUAUUGAAUUGAUUCAGAAGACCUUUUUUCCACUUCAAAACUAUCCUAAAAUCUACUUUUUUUAUCUGGCUGUGAGUGUGCUUUUGUCUAAUUGUACUAGUUUCCUUUAGUUUUUCAUGGUUCAGUCUCACCUUUCUAUAAAAGUUUUAAUGCUGUAGUUAGUGUAGUUUAUUUGGUUUCAGCAUGCUUUAGCAUUGAGCACUUUGUAGUUCUUUUUUUGGCAAUAAUUUAAGUUUGAUCAAGAUGUAAUAAAGGGAUGAGCACGAUCAGAAUGAUGACCCAGCAGAUUUACUCAUGCUCAAAUUCUUUUCAGCUUUUUAGUGAAUAAAUUAUCGGAAAUACCAGAAAAAAAGAUAAAACUCAGUGACAGAGUUGAACUGAACUGGAACUGUUUUAUAUGAACAUGUAAAAAAAUUGACAGACAGACAAAAUCAUAGAAAUUAAAAAAAUUCUACACCAAAUAAAACCUUAACAGACAGGGACACGUGUUAACAGAGGGAGGACGUUACUGUUGUAACAAGAAAACUGAAGGCAGCCUAAACUGCCGUCACACAGCAGACAGAAACCUGAAGUGAUUCACAGUAUUUGGAGAAAGCAUUCAGAGGAACACGAGGAGUCACACAUGACUUGACUGUUUAUGAGGCAAUAAUUCUCAGAAAAUUAUUUUAUAUUAUUACUUAAUUGUAUGAUUUUUUUUAAUUUUCAUUUUCUGAUAUAUAUAUACAGGCAUAUAAGAUACAAGAAAAGGCUCUUUAAACUGUAUUCAUCGUUGUUCAGACUGUAACAGUGUGUACAAUCUCCCUUAAACUGUAAAUAUGAGCAACUGUGUCAUGUUGAAUUGAUGAAUCAUCAAAAAUGAACCAAAACCACCUCCAUAAUUCACUCAGUUAAGGGGCUUAAAGUUGAUUAUCUCUUGUUCUCAGUGCUUUACCCGUUGCAUGAGUUUAAAGUGAAUAUAUUAGAGGUUUUGGAUGUAACAUGAAACUCUGAAAACCUGUGAUUAAAUUUUGCUUUUUUUCCUGACUUGAAAAUGAAACAGAUAAAUCAGGAAACAGCAGAAAUCUUUAUCUCCCUGCAGAGAGUUUGGAGCUCAGCUGAGAAUUCACUGUGCAGAGGACUUAACUUUGUGCUCAAGUCUGCAAACAGAUUUGAUAUUCUCUGAGGAGUCAGUCAUUCUCUGAUCUUCAUCUGCUGCUGAAACAUCAGGACAUUUCAGAGAAACUCUGUUUGACUAAAACCUGUCAAAGAGGAUCACUGAGUUAGACUCUGACUCGACUUCCUGCACACACCUCUGACCCGACCUGACCCGAAUACAGUCAUGUGACUGUUUUUUAUAUUCAAACACCUGAUGAGUGUGUGGGUGUUUGUGUGUGUUCGUCUCUCAUUAGUCUCCUGCAGCUAAUCACACAGUUUGUUCUUACCUCCAUCUUUAAAGGAUUACUGUGUGUCUAUAUUUAUCAGCACUAAUAGGUUUAGGCUUCACUAAUACUGAAGAGGAGGAGGAGGGGCCUCCUUCAUCCCACUUAACUGUAACAUCAGAGAGGAUCUAGACGUCCUGCAGCAGGUCUGCUGAUCUGUCUGGUAUCGCUGUUCAGUGAUGUGAUAAUGAUGACAGUGUGAUGAAUAAAUGAACUCCUAUUAGCUCUUACUCAGUUUCUUUAUCUGCUGUUUGACCUGUUUGCAUCAAGUCCCUCCUGAAACCAGAACCACAGAGCCUGAUAAAGGUAAAGGAUCUGCAAUGACUCAAACAAAUCUUAUCAGGAGAAGCAUACUGCAAAUUCAGCAGCCAUGCAAAUGUAAGACGACAUAUGCAAAAGUGCAAAACAAAUACAACAGGAACAGGGUGCAGAUGUGGAGACCUACUGCAACAGCCAGAAACGACUGCAGCAAAGCAAAGCAAAGCAAAGCAAAGCAUGAGGAAUAUAAUGAGCAUCACAAAUAAAAAAAAUUUAAAAUCCAGACUUUGUAAAAGUUCUCCAGGCCUGCAGGGGGCACUUAGAGCAACAGUAUUUAUUAAUGACAGAGAAAGAGGAGGGCACAAACUGAUGCCUGACAUCAUCUUCAGUCCCUCCAGUCCACAGUGUGUCGUAUUCAGUCCCAGUGUCAGAGUCCAGGACAGAUACACUAAAGAUCUCUCUGCUACCGUGACAUCAUAAGUUACAGGACUAUACAGCAUCACACCAGACAACACAACAUAUGAUGCAACACGGUACGAUACAAUGCGAUUCUAUAGCGCUAACUGUCCCCUUGGGGAGGUCGGUCUGGUAUUUAAGUGUUGCAUGUAUUUGACCAAUAAGCUGACUGCCCCUCCACAGCCAAAUGCGUCCUUUCAAUCCUAAACUAUUCCUGUGAGCGCCCUCUGUAGGCCUGGAGCACUCUCAUCGUUAGGCUCGACAGAAACAUUCUAUCUGAAUUUGUGUCUUUUUGAUUUUUAUGUAGUUGAUUGUAUUUGCAGCUUGUUUCCCGAUGCAGUGUCCGUUUUCUGAUGCAUCAAACCUUUUUGGCCGUUGCUGAUUGGUUGCUUUUAUCAGCAGAUGUCUGUAAUAAAUCAAAGUUUAACGUAAAAGUAACGUUGGGUAUGUGUUGUCAAAAGUAGCAAAUCCAGAGAAUCGAAACAGGCUGCACAGGUUUUAUUUGCAGUUUUUAUAUGAAUUAAAACUGAUUGAGGUUUGGUUGAGAUGGUCUGAAAUCAGUGAAAUCUGCAGAAAAACUGAAGCUGCUUCAGAUUUCUCGCUUUUCACGUCUUCACUUUGGCAGGAGGCAUUGUGUUUUCAAAUGGUCCAUCUGUUUGUGCCUGCUGCUCUCCAGAGCCAGAUAUCUCAGGUACACCUGGGUCUAGACUGCAUUGAAAAUCUGUAGCUAAAACCCAGUCUCUGUCUUCUGCAGUGUGUACAGUGAUGUCUUCAGCAGAGAUGUUCAGUUUACAGAGAAGUAAAACAGCAGGAGGAGCUCAGAGUAAAGACCGCUCUGUGAAACAGUCCCCAAGACAGCUUUGGGAAAACUUCAGGAGCAGUACAUGGACUUGUCCUUUAGCUGUCAGAUGUGGUUUAAGUAGCCUGGAAGUUUUGCCGCUCUACAGUCUAGAUACUGGCUCUGGUUCAUGUGUAUCAUGGUCUGAAUUUGUGACUAGGACGCCUCUGCAUUUCAAAGCUCCUCUGGAGUCUCUACAUCUUUUACAACCACAUCUGUGUGCCCUAAUUUGGUCAUCUGGAUUCCGUGUACUGCUGAGUAAUCCCCAUAUUUACUUAGUUAUUACCAUUCUCUCAGAGUUUCCUCUGAACAACAAUGGUACCAACAGUUAGUGAUUAAGUCCUGGUUCUGUAUCGGGUCACCUUUUCCAUCCUCUGAGCUGCAGGGCAGGGAAAGAACCAGCAUUAAUCUGUUGUUGUUGGUUUGAGAGAAGAAACGUGAAUCAUACCCAGAGAGCGACUGCUGUACUGUUCUUUAGUAAUAACAGGCUAAUGUUCCUGACGUCUGAGUUCAGACCAGUCCACUGAACUUCACACAGAGAUAAAGAGUCCCUCUGGACGUCUGGUCAGGGUACAGGCUCUCGGUCUCUCCACGUUUAUCCCUUAUACUCAGAAAGAAGUCAACCCUCCUGAGUCACUCUGAUCGAGUUAGGGGUUUGUAGAUUUUAUGGAUUUGGCCUCUAAGAUGGAAAAAUUCCCCGUUCGUUCAGCUUAAAGCUGUUGGCAGCGUAAACAGAGAGAGAGCUGCAGAGCCAGUCUGACGUUCAACAUCCUCAUAAUGUCAACCAGUGUUUCAUGUAGGCGAUGAUAGAUUGUUCAAACAUGCAGGGAGUAAGUCAUGUGACAGCUUAGUGCUGCUGAUAUUUUAAUGUUUGAUUUCUUUUCUUUGACAAAGGCACUUUUUACACUUGAGUCAGGACCUCCUUCAUAAAAAAAAAAAAAAAAGAUUUUGUCCUGCAGUAAGUUUUAAUUGCCGGUAUGUCUCUGUUCUGAGAGCUCCCUGUCCUUUCUUAUGCCUAUGUGAAAUACCAAAGCCAAUGGCUGGUAGAGCACACCUCUCCUCUCCUCUGUUGAUGUGCAUCCAUGUAAAGCAAAGACGGUGAGAGCAGCAGCAAAGAUCCUCAGGGUUUCAGUGGUGAGGCUCUGUUCCAAAAGCUCCUGCCCUUCCUCGUGUGUACAUGGGGGCGUUCAUUUGCAUACAUGGAAACCGAGGCAGGGAGAGCAGCCGAAAAGACCCCAAGUGUUUUGGUUGUGUGGCUCUUUUUUAAGAGCUCACUACCUUUCCUCAAGCUGAUGUUCAGAGACAGAGCCUGAGGCAGGAAGAGAAGCAGCAAAGAAUGCCCAGGAAUUUAGUAGUGAGGUUCUUUACUGAGAGCUUCCUGCCUUUCCAAGUAUGUAUGUCGUGUACCAAAGCAGGAAGAGGCAGGAAGAGAAGCAGCAAAGACAGUCUGUGUCCAAAAGCAGAUAUGAGACGCAAACUGUCAGUGCAAGAGUGAGUUGGAAAGUGUCUGAGGAGGUUUUCUGCUUGAAGACAAAGAAAGCAAACAAAGCAGCGGAGAGCGCAGAGCGACCCUGCAGACUGAGCUGACAGGCCUGAACUCUGAAAUGAGACCUGAGGACACACUGACUGUCCUGACUUUAGUUCUCCUGUCUCUGCGUUUGGUACUGGUGUUUUGGCGGCUCCAGUCGAGCUCAUUCUAUAUGUCAGAAAAGGUCUCAAAAGUGCAUCGUAGUCACUGGAUUUUGGGAAGCUGUGUUUAAAUCAUAGUCUUGCUCAACAACCACCAACAGCAAAUUUUGCAGAGUGUGUGAAUCUAUAUUUGGUCUCUUUUCUUGCAUCCACAUGUCAACACUGUGUUACCUGAUUGGUCAGCAGUUUUUUUAGUGGAUAACUUGAGUUUCUUCACCUUUAGCUCAGACUGUGUUUUACCUGCAGACUGUUGUUGUCAUUUAGUUUUAAAAAUGCACCACGAGUUUUUAUCUCUGUCUACAUGAACACUUGAGAGUCCUGUAGUGGGAUUCUUGUGUGUCUGGCGACUCUUCAGUGUCCUCCAUCAGAGCGUGAUAACGUUGUUAAAAGUGUGACUGAUCUAGCUCUCACUGCGGUGUUCAGCUGCAGUAUUCCUGCAGUUUUCAGCUCCAUCUUGCUGAUAAUCUGUGUUUUUCUUCAGUUCCCAGAGUAAUGGCUGAAGGAUAA